CACAUCCUGUGACUAGUGAAAUUUACGUCUUGUUAUUAUUACUUUUCUGAGCGGGGGUCAGCUGCCUGCUCUUCCCAGCCGAUCCAAGAUACAAUCUGCCGAAUCGCCUAAUAAUAGUGGUCUUAUUCCCGUACUACUAAGUCUUAUGUACUAACCUGGUACAGCACUUCUGAUUUUUCCACUCUUCCAACGUUGUUCUUCACAAUUUCUAGGAAUCUAACAAUAUUCGUAGCCUAUAGGUCACCACUAUAUACACUUCCCCUCACAUGUUUCCAGCCAGCUGCUUCCAGCGGCUGCGGCCGUCCACCAGCCUGUCAACAAACUUGGGUCGUUCCAGAUCUAUCAAACAACAUGCACUGACCUUUGCCCGUCGACAGAGCUCGAACGUGCCCUUGAGGAGUCCACGUUCCUGGUCUCCAAUUGUCAUUGGCUCUAUCGCUAGCGGGCUUAUAGGAUAUUCUCUCAGUGUGUUUUGGAAGCCUUCUCUGACAUCCGAGGCUCUCGAGGAGAUGGAACCAAAGUAUGGCACCCCGAAGGACUUUGAACAGGCCAUCAAGGAACUUCGGGAUUCAUUCGAUUCAGAUGAUGCUGUCUCAACUCAUCCGGAUGACCUUCGCAUUCACGGAUAUUCAGAGAAUGAUUACCACCCAAAUGCACCGCAUACUGUCAUCGUAUACCCAAAAAGUACAGAGGAUGUAGUCAAAAUCGUCAAGACUGCCGUCAAGUACCGUAUGCCCCUCACCCCUUUCUCUGGUGGUACCUCCUUAGAGGGAAGUUAUCGUGGCAGCCCUGUCGGUGGUAUUUGUGUUGAUAUGUCCGACAUGAAUAAGAUUAUCGAAAUUCAUGAGGCGGACUCAGACCUUGUUUGCCAGCCCGGUGUCGGAUGGAUGGAAAUUAACGAGACCUUGCAGAAGAAAGGCAUACCACUAUUCUUUCCCUUGGAUCCCGGCCCAGGCGCCACUAUCGGUGGCAUGAUGAGCACUGGUUGCUCAGGCACGAAUGCCGUCCGGUACGGUACUGCAAAAGGCGAAUGGUUCUUGAAUGCGACGGUUGUUCUUCCUUCUGGAGAAGUCAUCAAAACUCGCCAACGGGCUCGGAAAUCUGCAGCUGGGUUCGACACCACGAAAUUGUUCAUCGGUGCCGAGGGCACUCUUGGUAUCAUCACAGAAGUCACUAUCCGAUUAGCUCCCGUCCUCCCAACAACAGUCGCCGUCGUACACUUCCCUGAUGUGAAACGUGCAACGGAGGCCGUCAUCGACGUGAUGAACCGCGGCGUUGGCAUUCAAUGUGUUGAACUCUGCGACUCUGAAUUCAUGCGCUCUAUAAAUUUAUUUGGUGCAUCCCAGCGCAAAUACCCUGAACAGGACUCCCUGUUCUUCAAAUUCCAAGGUCCAACGUCUGCUUCGAUCGCGGAGACCGCUAAGAUCGUAAAGGAAAUUGUGCAGAAGCACGGCGGCACUGGUUUUGAAUUGGCACGUUCUGAGAAAGAAGCGCAUGACCUGUGGGCAGACAGAAAAAACGCUCUCUAUUCUGGUUUGGCCCUCCUGGAAGGAAGCCGGGGGUGGAGCACUGAUGUUUGCGUGCCAGUCUCGAAACUACCACAACUCGUGUAUGAAACCAAGAAAGACUUGGAACGGUUAGGCCUUGUAUCAAUAGUUGUAGGGCACGUUGGUGACGGCAAUUUUCACACCCAGCUUCUUUUCCGCAAUGAUAAGGAGCUUGAAAGCGUUCGCGAAGCCGUGCAUAGGAUGGUGGAGCGUGCGAUAAAGCUUGAAGGCACUUGCACUGGCGAACACGGUGUUGGGAUUGGGAAGCGGGAAUAUCUGUACGAAGAACUCGGCGAGGGAACGGUGGAGUUAAUGCGAUCCGUCAAGAGGACCCUAGACCCACUUGGUUUGUUCAACCCCGGAAAGUUGUAUCCAGACAGGAUAGAUAAAAAAUCAAAACAUUGAUGAUUUUUACGAACUAUUAUGUGUUUUAUGGUACGGGAUCAUCGUUGAUACCGUUGUAUUUUCUCUUGGCUGUAUCCAUUCCAUUAUGAAUGUACCGCGACCAUGUUUUCAUCUC